AUGUUUAAGUGACUGUGAAAGUUGUGUUUGUUAAAUUGUAACAAAACCAUUAACUGAAUGGAAAUAUUUAUAUUGUAUAGUUUUAAUUAUAUAUAAUAAUUAUGUGUAAAAAUCAUUUUUAGUUUAUUAAAAAGAACAUACAGACAAGAGUAAUUCAUAAUUUUUUAGUUAUUUAGUGCAUAGAAAGCAAUUAUGGCAGACGCUGCGGCAAGGCAGUUGCAAUACGAAUAUAAAGCCAAUUCUAAUCUUGUGUUACAAGCUGAUGUACGAUUAAUAGAAAGACGUAGCAGAGAUGAAGCCACUGGUGAGGUUAUGUCCCUUGUUGGGAAACUGGAUGGAACACGGAUGGGUGACAGAGCACAACGUACUAAGCCAGGAAAGGCAGAGGAACGAAAAGUCAAGCGUCAGAAACGUGAUGAAGCUCAAUAUGAUUUUGCAAGAAUGAAAGGUGCAACGUUGCUCUCAGAAGGUGUAGAUGAAAUGGUUGGAAUUGUUUACCGCCCUAAAACUCAAGAGACGCGUCAGACUUACGAAGUAUUAUUGAGUUUUAUUCAAGAAGCUUUAGGAGAUCAACCUAGAGACAUUCUUUGUGGUGCUGCUGAUGAAGUACUGGCGGUUUUGAAAAAUGAUCGACUUAAGGAGAAAGAAAAGAAAAAAGAAACAGAAUUAUUAUUGGGACCAUUAGCUGAAGAAAGAUUCGCGUUAUUAGUGAAUCUUGGCAAGAAGAUAACAGAUUUUGGAAGCGAUGAAAAAACUACUACAAAUGAAGAAAAUAUUGACGAAACAUACGGAAUUAACGUACAAUUUGAAGAAAGUAGCGAAGAAGAUGACGAAGAUGUUUAUGGAGAAGUUAGAGAAAAUGAUGAUGAAGGCGAUGAAGGCGAAGAAGCUAAUGAUGAUAGAGCUAUUCAUGCAGAAAAUUUGGGUGGUGCAGAAGAAAUGAAGAAAGAGAAGCCAUUACAUCCUUUGGAUAUAGAUGCAUAUUGGUUGCAGAGAAGAUUAAGUAGGAUAUAUGAUGAUGCAAUGGUCUCACAGGCAAGGGCUGCAGAAGUAUUGGCAGUUUUAAAAGAUGCUGGAGAUGAUCGUGAUUGUGAAAACCAGUUAGUGCUUUUGCUAGGUUACGACUGCUUCGACUUUAUUAAACAACUCAAGAAAUAUAGACAUACGAUUGCUUAUUGUACUAUGUUGGCAUCUUCACAAUCUGAAUCAGAACGUCAAAAGAUUCGAAAUAAAAUGAAUGAUGAACCUGUAUUAGCAAAAAUUUUGCGACAGUUAGAUACAGGUAAAGGUGAUGAUGAUGCUGAUGAAACGAUGGAAGCAAGGGCACAACGUAAACGGAGAGAAGAAAAUGAAGAUACUGGCGGCCCUGGUGGGCAAGUUCAAGGCACAAGAAAUCUAAUAGAUCUAGAAGACUUGAUAUUUGCACAGGGCAGUCAUUUUAUGGCAAACAAACGUUGUCAAUUACCUGAUGGAAGUUUCAGGAAACAGCGUAAAGGAUACGAAGAAGUUCAUGUUCCCGCUUUGAAACCAAAACCGUUUGCAGACAAUGAGAAACUGUAUCCAAUUGACCAAUUACCAAAAUACGUGCAACCAGCUUUUGAAGGUUUUAAAACAUUAAAUCGAAUUCAAAGUCGUUUGUUUCAAGCUGCAUUAGAAAGCGAUGAAAAUUUAUUGCUGUGUGCACCAACGGGUGCGGGUAAAACCAAUGUCGCUCUUUUGUGUAUGAUGCGUGAAAUUGGGAAACAUAUUAAUGCAGAUGGCACGAUUAACGCAGAUGAAUUUAAAAUAAUUUAUGUUGCACCAAUGCGCUCUUUGGUACAAGAAAUGGUUGGAACUUUCGGUAAAAGAUUAUCUACGUAUAAUUUAACCGUGUCGGAGUUAACCGGUGAUCAUCAAUUAACGCGGGAGCAGAUAGCUGCAACUCAGAUUAUUGUCUGCACUCCCGAAAAAUGGGAUAUUAUAACUCGAAAAGGAGGAGAGAAAACCUUCACUUCAUUGGUCAGAUUAAUUAUUAUUGAUGAAAUUCAUUUGCUGCACGAUGAGAGAGGCCCUGUUUUAGAGGCUUUAGUAGCUAGGACAAUUAGAAAUAUUGAAACAACGCAGGAAGAUGUAAGACUAAUUGGCCUCUCUGCAACAUUGCCAAAUUAUCAAGACGUCGCGGCAUUUUUACGUAUUAAACCAGAAUCAGGAUUGUUUUAUUUUGAUAAUAGCUUUAGACCUGUCGCGUUAGAGCAGCAAUAUAUAGGUGUGACAGAGAAGAAAGCAUUGAAACGUUUUCAAGUAAUGAAUGAGAUUGUUUAUGAAAAAACAAUGGAACAUGCUGGCAGGAAUCAGGUUCUAGUUUUUGUGCAUUCGCGAAAAGAAACUGGAAAGACGGCACGCGCUAUUAGAGAUAUGUGUUUGGAAAAAGACACGUUAGGACAAUUCCUUCGAGAAGGAUCCGCAUCGAUGGAAGUUUUAAGAACAGAAGCCGAGCAAGUUAAAAAUCAAGAACUGAAAGAUUUGCUACCUUAUGGGUUUGCCAUUCAUCAUGCUGGUAUGACAAGGGUAGACAGAACAUUAGUUGAAGAUCUUUUCGCGGACAGACAUAUACAAGUUCUGGUAUCCACGGCGACUUUAGCUUGGGGUGUCAACUUACCAGCACAUACAGUUAUCAUAAAAGGAACUCAAGUCUACAAUCCGGAGAAAGGCAGAUGGGUUGAAUUAGGCGCGUUAGACGUGUUGCAAAUGUUGGGCAGAGCUGGUCGUCCGCAAUAUGAUACGAAAGGUGAAGGUAUUCUUAUCACGAAUCAUAGCGAACUUCAAUACUAUUUAUCUCUACUAAAUCAGCAAUUACCCAUUGAGUCACAAUUAAUUAGUAAAAUGUCAGAUAUGUUAAAUGCAGAGAUAGUACUAGGCACUAUACAGAAUAUUAGAGAUGCAGUUACUUGGGUAGGGUACACAUACUUGUACAUUAGAAUGCUUCGCUGUCCAAACUUGUAUAGUAUAAGCCAGGAUAAGUUAAAGGAAGAUCCGUUACUUGAACUACACAGAGCGGAUCUUAUUCAUUCUUCCGCAGUGGGGUUAGAUCGCAGUGGCCUGAUUAAAUAUGAUCGAAAAUCUGGCAAUUUCCAAGCCACUGAACUAGGUCGGAUAGCGUCACACUAUUAUUGCACUCACGAAACGAUGGCUAUAUACAAUCAGUUGUUGAAACGCACUCUAAGCGAGAUUGAAUUGUUCAGAGUAUUCUCAUUAUCCAGCGAGUUCAAGCAUAUAAACGUCAGAGAAGAAGAGAAGCUGGAAUUGCAAAAGUUGAUGGAGAGAGUGCCAAUCCCAGUGAAGGAGAGCAUAGAAGAGGCAAGCGCCAAGGUCAAUGUACUUUUACAAGCGUAUAUCUCUCAAUUAAAACUCGAAGGUUUCGCCCUCAUGUCGGACAUGGUAUUCGUUACUCAAUCCGCAUCACGAUUGAUGAGAGCCAUUUUCGAGAUCGUAUUGUUUCGUGGCUGGGCGCAGCUAGCGGACAAGUGUCUGUCUCUCUGUAAAAUGAUAGAUCGCAGAAUGUGGCAGUCAAUGUCGCCUCUCAGACAGUUCAGAAAGAUGCCAGAGGAGAUUGUGAAGAAGAUAGAGAAGAAGAAUUUCCCAUGGGAGAGGUUGUACGACUUAGGGCCAAAUGAAAUCGGCGAACUGAUCCGAGUGCCUAAGCUGGGUAAAACUAUUCACAAGUAUAUUCAUCAGUUUCCAAAGCUGGAGUUAUCGACGCACAUUCAGCCAAUUACCCGGUCAACAUUAAGAGUGGAACUGACCAUCACACCAGAUUUCCAAUGGGACGAAAAGGUACACGGCGCGUCUGAGGCAUUUUGGAUUUUAGUCGAAGACGUGGAUUCUGAGGUGAUACUACACCACGAGUACUUCCUGCUCAAGGCCAAGUACGCGACUGACGAACACCUGAUUAAAUUCUUCGUUCCUGUAUUUGAGCCGCUGCCGCCGCAGUAUUUCUUACGCGUGGUGUCAGACAGAUGGAUCGGAGCGGAAACACAGUUGCCCGUCAGCUUUCGACAUUUGAUUUUGCCAGAGAAGAAUCUACCACCGACCGAGCUGCUCGACUUACAACCGCUCCCGAUCACCGCGUUACGUAACUCGAAGUUCGAGAACAUCUACGCGGAUAAAUUCCCGCAAUUCAAUCCGAUUCAGACGCAGGUGUUCAAUGCCAUUUACAACUCGGACGAUAACGUUUUCGUUGGCGCGCCCACAGGUUCUGGGAAGACGACCAUCGCAGAGUUCGCCGUGUUACGUUUACUGACGCAAAAUCCAGAAGGGAGGUCCGUAUACAUGGUCAGUAAGGAAGCUCUGGCAGAGUUGGUUUACGUGGAUUGGUCGACGAAGUUCAAUCAGCAAUUAGGCAGGAAGGUGGUACUUCUGACCGGCGAGACCGGGACCGAUUUGAAAUUGCUUGCGAAAGGGCAGAUCAUAAUUACCACUGCUGACAAAUGGGACGUGCUGUCGCGAAGAUGGAAACAAAGGAAAAAUGUACAGAACAUCCAGCUGUUCAUCGUUGACGAGCUUCAGUUAAUUGGCGGGGAGGAAGGGCCUGUGUUGGAAGUCGCGUGUUCAAGAGCGCGGUACAUUUCUUCGCAGUUGGACAAACCGACUAGAAUCAUAGCAUUGUCCGCUUCGCUCGCUGAUGCGAAAGACGCUGCUCAGUGGCUGGGUGCACCGGCUGCUGCAACAUUCAACUUUCAUCCGUCAGUCAGGCCAGUACCUCUGGAGUUACACGUGCAAGGAAUAAAUAUUACCCACAACGCGUCCAGGUUGGCUGCUAUGGCAAAGCCAGUGUACAACGCUAUACUCAGACACGCGUCUCACAAACCCGUGAUUGUUUUCGUACCUACUCGCCGUCAAGCCAGAUUAACAGCCAUUGACUUGUUAACUUUCACAGCAGCCGAGGGGCAACCUUCUCGGUUCUUCCACGCGGAAGAAGCUGACAUCAAGCCGUUCUUGGACAGGAUGACCGACAAAACGUUGAAAGAGACGCUUUCCCAAGGUGUUGCUUACCUUCACGAAGGUCUGUCCGUGGACGACCGCCACCUCGUCGAACAGCUUUUCGAUAGCGGCGCUAUUCAAAUAGCUGUUGCCACGAGAGAUCUCUGCUGGGGUUUGUCCAUCAGUUCUCACCUUGUCAUUGUUAUGGAUACUCAAUGUUACAACGGGAAGACACACGCGUACGAAGAUUAUCCAAUCACCGACGUUUUGCAAAUGGUAGCGCGCGCGAAUCGCCCAUUGGAGGACGACGAUGCCAAAUGCGUUCUUCUCUGCCAGAGCUCGAAGAAAGACUUCUUUAAGAAAUUCCUGAACGAACCUCUGCCCGUGGAGAGCCACUUGGACCACCGGUUACACGAUCACUUCAACGCAGAGAUCGUGACUAAAACGAUUGAGAACAAACAAGAUGCGGUUGACUAUCUUACGUGGACCUUCUUGUACAGGCGGCUCACGCAGAAUCCGAAUUACUACGGGUUACAGGGCGUGACGCACAGGCAUUUGUCGGAUCAUCUGUCCGAAUUGGUGGAGAGUACCCUGAGUGAUUUGGAACAAGCAAAAUGCGUUGCCGUGGAAGACGAAAUGGACACUUUGCCUUUAAAUCUCGGCAUGAUCGCCGCCUAUUAUUACAUCAAUUACGCAACGAUUGAGUUGUUCAGCCUUUCGUUAAAUAACAAGACGAAGAUCAGAGGUCUGCUGGAGAUUAUCUCAGCCGCGGCCGAGUACGAGACCGUGCCAGUACGGCAGCGUGAAGAAAAUUUGUUAAGGAGCUUGGCAACGAGGCUUCCGCAUGCACCUCAGGCUGCGAGGAUGGCUGACCCUCACGUCAAGGCGCAACUUCUGCUGCAGGCGCAUCUGUCCAGAAUACAGCUUGGCCCGGAGCUGCAGAAAGACACGGAAUUGGUGUUAAGCAAGGCUAUAAGAUUGAUACAGGCCUGCGUCGACGUUCUCAGCUCGUCUGGUUGGCUAGCUCCUGCUGUGGCUGCUAUGGAACUGGCGCAAAUGGUUACCCAAGCAAUGUGGUCUAAAGACUCUUAUCUGAAACAGUUGCCACACUUCACAGCCGAGACCAUCAAACGUUGUACAGACAAGGGAGUGGAAACAGUGUUUGACGUAAUGGAAUUGGAAGACGAUGAUAGAAACCGGCUUUUACAGCUGUCUGAGACUCAGAUGGCUGACGUUGCGAAAUUUUGCAACCGUUAUCCGAACAUAGAAAUGUCCUACGAGGUUCAGGACAAAGAUAAAUUGCGCAGCGGUGGUACGGUGAAUGUUAUUGUGCAGCUUGAAAGGGAAGACGAGGUCACAGGCCCAGUUGUAGCGCCCUUCUUCCCGCAGAAGCGCGAGGAGGGCUGGUGGGUUGUUAUCGGCGAUCCAAAGACCAAUUCUUUGUUGUCUAUCAAGAGAUUGACACUGCAGCAGAAGGCAAAGGUCAAGCUCGAUUUUGUAGCACCUGCUCCUGGCCAACAUUCCUACACUCUGUACUUCAUGAGCGAUGCUUACUUAGGUUGCGACCAAGAAUACAAAUUUACUAUCAGUGUAGAAGAGUAUGAAUCCGACGUCAGUUCAGGGUCAGAAUCGGACUAAGAAAAGAAGAAUUAAAAAGAUAUUUAUCAAGUAUUGUACGCAUUGUACAAGGAAGUGUCAGUUUUUCAGUGAAUUUAAUUUGUCAUAUUCAAGCAAAAAAACAAUAAUAUAUACACGAUAGUAUACACACACACACAUAUAUAUUAUUAUAUACUAUUAAGUAUGUCAUAAAAUGAUAGUCUUUAUAUUAAAAUUAAGUACAAAAGAUAUUUCAUUUAGUCGAUAUGAGAAUCAAAAAUUGCCUUUUCCAUUGAUUCAAAUUCCAUCACUCAUCAUUCGAAAUCAGAAAGAUUUCCGCUUCAAGCAGAUUAUGUAAUGAAUGUUCACGUAAAUUCAUUCGUUUACAACAUUCGGUUUCCAGUCCAUUUUGUUUGGAUCUUCUAUGAAUUUUCUACGAAUGUAAAUCUAUGAAUUGAAAAGAUAAAGUUUAUAAGGUACAGAUUUGGGAAGUAUGACGAGUGGUUGAAGAUUGAAAAAGUGGUGAAAAUGUGGUGUACGUCCAGAAUUUGUGUGUAUCUUCGUAUUUUUGUAAUCCAACACCUACGUUGACAUAUUUCUGUUAAAAUGAAUUGCGACACGAUGGUCAAAAUUGAAAAGAACGAAACGAAUGGUAGUCAGAGGUAACUGUAGUGCCGUUAGUUUUAUUAAAAAUCAUCAUAAUUGUACGAAAUGCUGUAAAUAUAUCUUUAGUCAUCUUUU